AUGGAGGAAAAAGAUGUUUUACCUAUGGAAGCAUUUGCUAAGGUUCAAGAGAUUUUUAGUGAAGCUGAAUGGUUGGAUCCAAAUUCUGAUGUUGCUGUGACUGUAUUCAACCAAAUAACAGCAACAAAUAUACUUCAAGAAAGCUUGGAUUCAGGUUCUCCUCGAAGCCCUGACUCACGUAGCCUAUUGGAAUCGACACUUGAGAAAGUUAAGGAGAAAACCAAGUUGAUGAUAGCGGAAAAUAUUGUUUCAAGUCCGGAUACAUCCUCUCCUGAAUGGAAAGAGAAAGAUACAAUGUCAUCUCAUAAAUCUUAUGCAGAUCCGAAUUCAAUCCUUAAGAAGGUUGACGAAUCGCGUGGACUUCGAUUUUCAGUCCAAAGAAAUGUUCACUCAAAGAUAUUUUCACCUCGAAUGGUCCAAAGUCCAGUAACAUCACCACUUCCAAAUCGUAGCCCCACACAAGGAUCACCCGCUUCAAUAUCGAGAUUUCACAGCUCCCCCUCUACCCUUGGGAUCACUUCAAUAUUAAAUGAUCAUGGCACAUGUAAAGGUGAAGAGUCUACUUCAUCAUCACCAGCCUCACCUUCAAUUUCAUUUCUACCAACAUUGCAUCCGAUGACACCAUCGCAACCCAAAAAUCUUCUCCACAAUGUCCACAGUCUCCCACACCUGUUCAUUCAAAUGGCCCUCCUUCAGUAG